GGUCGCGGAUCUGCAAGGACUGAUCUCAGCAUCCCGCAGGCUCAAUCAAAAGCAGCGACGAAACAUCAGCCGCUGCCAGACAUGGAUGAAGGAAUCUCCCGCUUGCCGGAGAGGCAGCUACUGGAGCACAGGGAUUUUAUAGGGCUGGACUACCCUUCCCUGUAUAUGUGCAAACCCAAAAGAGGCGUGAAGAGGGACGAGAGCAAGGAAACGUACAAACUGCCACAUAGACUGAUAGAAAAGAAGAGGCGAGACAGGAUUAACGAAUGCAUUGCCCAGCUGAAGGAUUUACUGCCCGAGCAUCUGAAAUUGACGACGCUGGGACACCUGGAGAAAGCGGUGGUGCUGGAAUUGACUUUGAAACACUUGAAAGCGCUAACAGCCUUAACGGAGCAGCAGCACCAGAAGAUCAUUGCUUUGCAGAACGGGGAGCGGUCCAUGAAGUCUCCCGUGCAGGCGGACCUGGACGCCUUCCACUCGGGCUUUCAGACGUGCGCCAAGGAAGUGCUGCAGUACCUCUCCCGCUUCGAGAGCUGGACCCCCCGCGAGCAGCGAUGCGCCCAGCUCCUCGGCCACCUGCACUCCAUCUCCUCGCAGUUCCUGCCCGGCCCCCAGCUCCUCUCCCCGCCGCCGGGCCCCCUCAGCAAGGGAUCCUCCUCCUCUUCCUCCCCGCCCGCCCCCUGCGCGCCGGGCCACAAGCCGGAGGGCCAGGCUAACUGCGUGCCCGUCAUCCAGCGGACUCACGCCGCCGAGCUCAGCGCCGAGACCGACACGGACACGGACAGCGGCUACGGCGGGGAGGGCGAGGCGCGCCCCGAGCGCGGCCCCGCGGCGGCGGCGGCGGCGGCGGCCGGGGGGGCGCUGCCCGCCCUGGCCAUCAAGCAGGAGCCGUCGGGGGACGAGGCUCCCCCCGCGCCCAAGCGGCUGAAGCUGGACCGCGGCGGCAGCCCCCUGCCCGGCCCGCCGGGGCUGGCGGCGCGGGGCGCCGAGGCGGCGGCGGCGGCAGCGGCGGCGGCGCUGGUGAGACCCGACGCCGCCCUGCUGGGCUCGCUGAUGGCCCUGGGGGCGGGCGGCGGCGGGGCCCCCUUCGGACAGCCGCCGGCGGCGGCCCCUUUCUGCCUGCCCUUCUACUUCAUCCCCUCCGCCGCCGCCGCCUACAUGCAGCCCUUCCUGGAUAAAGGCAGCCUGGAGAAGUAUCUCUACCCCGCCGCCCCCAUCCCGCUCCUCUACCCGGGCAUCCCGGCCCAGGCAGCCGCCGCCGCGGCCGCCGCCGCCGCCGCCUCAUUCCCCUGCCUCUCCUCCGUGCUCGGCCCCGCCGAGAAGGCGGCCGCCGCCGCUGCCGCCGGGCUGCCCCCAGCGCCCCACCUCCCGCACCCCUUCGCUGCCGCCGCCGGGCUGGCCGCCGCCGAGCCCGGCGAGGAGGCCGAGACCGCAGCCGCCGAGGAGCCCGGCGCCGAGGGCCCGUGA